AGUGAGUGAGUGAGAGAGAGAGAGAGAGAGAGAGAGAGAGGCUACCGUGACAGCGCUUCUUGAUGCAUAAGUGUUGUGACCGGGGUGGACCGUUAUUGUCACAUUGUGCGGAGCCAAAUACAGCCGUCAGAGCGCUUUACCGGGGAUAAAGGCAAAACACUGCAGCAUCAAGCCGACAUGGGGAAGGUGGAAGGCGGAAUGAAAUGCGUGAAAUAUCUUUUGUUCGUGUUCAACUUCAUAUUCUGGUUGAUGGGAUCCUUCGUUCUGGCAGUGGGGCUAUGGCUGCGUUUUGACCCAGAAACCGUGUCUCUGCUCAAUGGUGAUAAGGCUCCAGACACCUUCUUCAUUGGUGUGUAUAUACUAAUUGGUGCUGGCAGCCUGGUGAUGUUGGUUGGUUUCUUUGGCUGCUGUGGAGCUGUACGGGAAUCUCAGUGCCUGCUGGGUUCAUUCUUUGCCUGUUUGUUGAUUAUCUUUGGAGCUGAGGUGGCAGCAGGGGUGUUUGGAUUCUUAAACAAAGACAAGAUAAUUGAAGAUGUUCAGAACUUCUACUCAACCACUUACAAUGAAAACAAUAACAGCACUUUGAUCAUGUCAUAUCAGAAAGUACUGAACUGCUGUGGAACCUCAACAAACCCCUGUCCUGAUCCCCAACCAGAUACCAAGGACUGUGAGACAGGCAUCAAGGACUUCUUUAACAGUAAACUCUACAUCAUUGGGUACGUGGGCAUUGGCAUCGCUGGAGUCAUGAUCAUUGGGAUGAUCUUCAGUAUGGUUCUCUGUUGUGCUAUUCGCAACAGCAGGGAGGUCAUCUGAGCUGGAUCCUUGACCUCUGCCCCUCAUCCCUCCUUUACCCACCCCCGAGAGACUGUACAGCCUUCAGAUCAAAUGUCAGCCGCUGUCCAUCAUCCACUCAAGGACCCAGGAAAUUGACCAUGUUCUAAAAAUUCCAUUCCACUGUGGUGUUCAACCCAGUCCAGUCCUGAUAUGUAUUUUCUCAGAAACUUUAUUUAUUUAUUCGCCGUCACAAGCUAAGUAGCAGACUCUACCUUUCAUAACAGUCUGAUGAGAGUUAGACCACUUGCAUAUCCAGUGGGAACAGUAUAACUUCUGAUGUUGCCCUGACAAUCUGUCAGAUUGUUUUUCCUCAUGGCCAUUUGGCUACCACUACAAAUUUUAACCCACAUACUGUCGCAGAAGUGUCAAUGCUUUUUCACACAGCCUUGACACUGACCCCAUGGCUGUGGGAAACUUAAGCCCAAGAGAGAGCGAUCAGAGGUGAAAGCAGCUGAGUUUGCUUAUCUGUGCACACACAAAUCAAGUCACACACACACACGGACAUGCACAGACACAUAAACACAGCAAUGUUGUGUUACGUGAGACCACAGCCUUAAAAAAGGUUGUCUGGCAGCUCUUGGGGAGUCCUGAUUGGUGGAAUCAGAGUGGGGUGUCAGGAGAGGGAAUGGCCAGCGAAUGUUUCGAGAAUGCAUCCAUCAUGCAGGGCCAGUGGUCUUACUCACACAUGUACAGCGCACAUACUUGCUGUGAACUGUCAACACACGUUGCUCUUUCUGAGGAAAAUCCACUGUUAUCCUAAAGGAAUAGUUCAAUAUUUAGGGGAAUACUCGCUGAGAGUUAGAUUGGAAGAUUGACAGCACUUUCACAUCUGUCACGCAAGCUACAGCCUCUAACUGAUGAACGUAGCUUAGCACAGAGACUGGAAAUGAGGAGACAGCUAGCCUGACUAUUUUUAUUUUUGGACAGAGUCAAAGUAGCUGUGUCCACCUGGGUCCAGUCAACAGCUGUAGCUGGUUAGCUUCAAAUAAGCUAAUGAAUAUGGUAAAUUUAACAUACAAACUUGCCAGUGGUAUCAAUCUUCUCUUCUGCCUCUUGGCCAGGAAGCAUAUUUUUCCCAAAUGACUGUACCAGUGGAUGUUCCUGUUUCAGGCCAUUUACUAUAAAUCUUGUACACCUGACUUUAAAAGUUGACCAUUUUGAAAACAAUACUGGUACGUUCAAGAAAUGUUCAGUAUGAUGGAUUAGACAACUCAAGUUUGAAGAGUCCACUAUUGAGCAGAAAUUAAUGGAAAAGCUGCAUCUAGUCGAAGGGAAAGUACUGUACAUCAAAACAACUAAAAUGUGAAGUAUACAUGAUUUGCAGUUAAGGAGCUAAAACUCACAAACACACUUGUCUUGAUUUGAAAAAAACAAACCAAAUUCCCUUUUCAUCCCAAAGGAGAACCUCCACAUCUGUUAGGUGCAGUCCAGUGACAUAAAUACUACUUGUCCUUAAUAUAUAUGCUCUCUUACAUAAGAGAGGAGCCAAGAAGACCCAGAUCACGUGGACAUGUUUUCAGGCUAAACAUAUAGCUGGUCAACUGAGAACAGGCGCUGUGAAUGUGAAAGUUAUCAGAGCCAGGACUUUGAUCUCUUCCCACUUCUAUAUUAUUUCCCCUGUGUGCCUUAAAAGUACACCGCCCACAACAAAACCCCAUGAAACCAUCCUUGUAUUCUUCUCACUUUAUUAACCUCAGCAGAUAGGAGGGUUGGAUAGAGAUCCCCCAACCUGUAAUCACUUCCAUUUAUCCAGGUUAAAUCAGGCCACUGUUUGAAUUUGAAGGUUUUAUUCCAUGUGUCAGGACUCCGGUAUGUAAAUAUGUUUGAGGUUUUUUUUUUGUUUUGUAGUUGUACAUUGUGGCUGAUGUGAUAGUUACUAUUUAACAUGCUAUGUGUAGAUAGAGGCUUGCAGUAGUUGUACAGUGUUGUAGUCAUGACAGAUUAGUCAAAGCAAAUCCACACAGCCAAAAACAGUUUCUUAACGUGCCUUUCUUUGAUAAUGAGCUAUUUUUUUGAACAACAGGCUGUCUCAACGUAGAAAAAGUGUACAUAUGUUUGUAGAGUUGGACUGUGAUUAAUUGUCACACACAAUGGACAAGUAGCACAUAUGGCUCGACUUGCCAUUAUUUUUUGCUGUGUUUUCAAGUGUCACACUCGACUGUGUCUUCUCAGCCAAGAGAGCCAAAGUGGUGAAAGCAACAUGUUUCUCUUCCAACUAUUUCAAAAAGCCUCUCGGUACUAAUAAAGUCUAUUCUGAGGAUUCAAAACAAUAACGUUGAUGAAAUCCAGAUGAUCAAACCAUAUGGAAUGCAAGCACUUGUGAGUAUUACUUUCGUUUUUUUUUUUCUUCUUCUUUUUAAAAAAAAAAAAAAUCAGUGUGAUGUUACACACAUGAUGAGACAACAAAGGCUUUCUUACCACUUCAGGCUGUUGGGAUGCCAGUAGGCAGUGUUUACCCUGAGGACUGAGAUGACACAACAGAGUCACCAUGCUGUCAUUUCAGAGGCUCUGUGGAGUUAAAACAGGAUGAACUGUUUAGUGCUACUCAAUCCACAGUGCAGUUGCUGUGUUCCUCAGUUGUGUUUGUUUGAGCAAAUCUGGAAGUGUACUGUGCACCUAAAAAAGAAACUGUACACAGUCAAGCCUUUCAUAGUUGAUUGUGUGUUAAUUUAUUUUAAUACCAUUCCAGGCUUCUCAGGAAGAUAGGUUGAUUGAAGUUAAAUAAAGCUUUUAAAGUUUUACAGAG